AUGCGCGACAACGGUGCCAACGCUCCCAGCACUCCUUUGAAGAGCCCCAGACCCUCAUCCAACCCUCUCCAAGACCACGUCUUACCCUCGGUCGAGUUCACUUUCUCCUUCAGUCCCUCAUCUGCAGGUAGAUUGACCCCGAUAUCCUCCGUAGAGGACUCGCUCGACCACCAGGUCGAACGACGCUCCCUCACAGCCAACACCCAGUCCCUCUUUCAGAACUUGCGCCUGAGCGAAGCCAUGAGACAUCCAAAUCACAGUUCCCAGACUGAUCCCAGUAGUGGCCCGAGAGAAUCUGGGUUGACCCCUAACUCCCAUCAUACGACCUACAGGGACCUCUACAAUGCCACUCCUAGUCCAGGAGGUGCUUCUUCCAAAGAACCGAGCCAACGGCGGCCACAGACGCCAUCAUCUCCGCUGGGUUCUGUGAGCUCUCAUUCCCCGAACCUGCAUCCAGCGGACUCGGGGGAUACGGCAGCCAAGGAUUCAGAUCGCGACAACGAUCCUGAAUCUGACGAGGACUCACUGCAGAUCAAUAACAGUGAGGACGAUGACGAUGACGAGGAUUACCUCUACAAUAUCCGCCAGGAGGAACUUCCCCAGGUGCCGAUCUACGACAUUCGGCUCCAGAAUGCACUACGGAAUGUAAGAGGCGAGCUCGCAGACCUCGCGCAAGUUAUGAGUCGGCGCGAGCUGGCACAAGACCCCACAACCGCCUUUCAUGAACUGUAUAAACAGACGCUUGAGGCGAGCAGGUUCGCGUAUCCCGCGACGCGGACUGUUGGAUUUAUCGGUGACUCGGGAAUGGGAAAAAGUAGUCUCAUCAAUUCCAUCCUUGACCAAGAGGGUCUGGCUCGGUCGAGCGGAGACGGAGCUGCUUGCACCACUGUCGUCACAGAGUUCCGGAGUGUGAACGAGGAGCAUCCGCAAAACUAUACCAUCGAGGCAGAUUUCAUGGAUAAUGCCGAGAUCCGAGAACUUCUUGAGGAGCUGCUGUCAAGCGUCAGGAAAUACUACACGGACGCCUACCGGGACGUUCGUGAUGCAACAGAACAGGAGGACAUCAAGGCUGCUGCUAAGAGAGCCUGGGACACAUUGCUCUCUCUUUUUCCCAACCAGCCGGCGCUUGAACUUGACUUCCUCUCUAGGGACGGAGAGGAUGCGGUAGAGUCUAUUGUGACAACAUUGGAAGAGUGGGCAAUGGCUGGGUUGGACCACCGCCCUGGCGGACGCGACAGUCUUCUGUAUUCCGCUGUAGCUCGCCACGCUGAUGAAUGUAUGGAGCAGCUGGAUAACCUUAUGGCUGAUUCAAGGGAGGGUGAUAGGCCGGCACUAUGGCCUUUUGUCAAGUUGAUCAGGGUUUAUUUGCGAUCGCCGAUUCUGCGCACUGGCUUAGUGCUGGCUGACCUCCCUGGCUUUCGUGAUCUGAACUAUGCUCGAGAACGGGCAACUGAAAGGUAUCUUCGCCACAGUUGCGACGAGGUGUUCAUUGUUAGUACGAUCAUUCGUUGUACGACAGACCAGUCGAUUGGUGAUAUCAUUCGCCGAUGUGCACAAGGCCAACCGAUACGGAUCGUUUGUACUCGUUCAGAGGAUGUGGAUGCUAGAGAGACAGCACGGACAUCCUCUGCGGGCGACGCCAGACAUAUCCUCGAUCUUGACAGCCGAAUCCAGAACCUCGCACGAAGAAUCAGGCAGAUACGGUCUCGUAGACGACAAGCCAGCGGAAGUAGAAGUCAAAAUCUCGCUGCGGAGGAACUCGCCCUUAGGCUGAAGCGGUUACUCAUUGUAAGACGGAAUAAGCGCGUAACCGAGUCUUUAUCGCGUGCCUGGAGCAACCAAGCCCGGGUAUUCUGCGUGAGCAAUAAACUUUACGCAGACCACCGUGCAAACGAUCCCGAGCAAGCCAACGGAUACCUCGAGCUCAGUGGUAUCACAGAGCUUCGUCGCUAUUGCCAGUCUGUUCCCGCAGAUGCGCAGCUUCGUGCAACGGAAUCUUUUCUGCAAAAUCAAGUGCCCGCACUUCUAGGUUCCCUAACUCAAUGGGCAUUGGCGGGUUCCGACGCCGUCACUGUAGGCCGGGCGGAAGUUCUGCGCGAUGCCUUGAACGAAGCCGAACAGACUCUCCAACGGCCUUCGAGAGACAUCAUAGUAACCCCGGCACAGGCAACUCCCGGAACAGUUGGAGAGAUCAUGCAGUCGAUGCGAGCAGGGAAUGGGCAACCGUAA